UAAAGAGUGAAAAUAAAUAGAAAAGAAAAAAAAAACUUAAAGCUAAAGCAAACGCUCUCGAAGCCUAUAGCCAAGCGUCACUACACUUUCUUACUCUUUCAAAUUUUCUCUCCGAUUCCUAUCAAGAAAAGAAAAGGUUUAAAGAAACCCUAAUUAAAGAUCAGAUCCUCGUCAUCUUUACUUCUCUCGAUCUUCAAUACCCAAAAGCCAUACAAAAAUUUCCAAAUUUGGAAACUUUUUUUUUUCUCUCUAUGUUCUGUUUUCUUUGCCCAACAUGAAAGACAGAGGAAAGAGAACAGCAACGGAGCGAAGAAACGACGACAUUUCCUUCUAUUACAGCACACCUUCCGACCUCUCUUGUCGGAAACAUCCAUCUGUUUCCGCUGUCGGAAUCUGUCCGUACUGUCUCAACGACCGUUUAGUUAACCUCGUUUGCUCCGAAUGCGGCGAGCACAGACUCUCUUCCUGCUCAUGCUCCGACGUCUCUCCUAAUCGAACAUCAAACGCCGCCCGUAUCUCUUCCUUCAUAGACGAAGAGGCGACGAAACAGAGGAAGGAGACGGAGAAGAGUAGAAAAACAGAGGAAGUCGUGGUGUUCAAGAGGAGUAGUAGCAGUUGCGUUGAGAUUAGUAAGAGGAAGCACCAUAGAUUCUCGAGGAUCGGAAGGUUCUUAAGGAAGAUUAAUCUCGUAAAAGAGACAGCUUUGGAUUAUAAUAACAACGAUGGUAAGAAACAGGGUGUUUCGAGAACGAGAUCGCUUUGUAGUUUCCGAGGAGGAAAGGGUUACUUUUUCGGGUCGGAAGAAGACGUGUCGUCUUACUCCGGCGCAAGGAGUUCUUUCUCCGCCGCGGGGAUCUCGAGCGUCAAUGGCGGGUUAGGAGUUUCCGAUACGAAAACAGAGCAUCGGAAGAGCAACUUCGAAGGGAGGAAAAGCAAUUUAAGCGAGAAGAGCAACUUCGAGGGGAGGAAGAGUAACUUCAGCGAGACGACGGAGACUCGGAGAAGCAACUUCAGCGAAUCGGAGCCGCCGCGGAGAAGCUGUUUCGAUGCGAGGAAGAGUAACUUCAGCGAAACAGAGUAUCGAAGGAGUAGUAAUUUCAGCGAAACAGAGUAUACUAGAAGGGAGAAUGACCAUCCACGGAGGAGCAACUACGAAGCAGCAAGGAAGAGUGAUCCGUCGACGAGUUUGACGAGAAGGGUUUUAUCGGUGAAAGAGAGUUACUUCACCGGAGGAGAAGAAGAGUCCAGUUUUAUUGAGAUUAAAUUCGAUUCCUCUGGAAGAGUGGUAAACGACAGCGUUUUGGAGCACGGAGGAGGAGGGUCUUGCUGGUUAAGGACGACGGAUCGAGAGUUGAAUAGCAGUCAAAGAAGCUUCAAAGGAUGGAAAUGGAUAUUCGGACAUCAUCAUCAUCAUCUAAAGGGCUCAUGAUGUUGAUGGAGAUUGAAGGAACAAUUGUGCUGUUUUUGUGAUCCGAUGUCAAUCUUAUUCGGAAAGUUUAGUUUUUUAUAAAAAUGAUUUGUCAUUUUGUUUUUGUUGAAUACUUACAUCGACGGAUCGGACUUCAAGUUUUGUGAUUUUGUAGGGUAACAUUAUGAGUGUACCGCAGCACAAUACAACCUCAACGAUUAACCGGUUGUACCUUUGUUACCAGAACUGGUAUCAGCUGCAGUUAGAGUUUAUUUUCAUUACUAUUAUGCAAUGUAACUUUGGUGGAACUUACGUCAAACUAAUAGAUGAAACGUGGGACAAUGCA